AUGCAAUCACAUACUUUUUCUUUUAAGGGCAUCGUUCCAAUUAUUUGUGCUGGAUUAAAUUGUUGUCAAGAUGCUAUGCUUACAAAUGGCAAUUCGCCUUAUCGUCAAAAACUUGCUCAGGUGAUGCAUACUCGUCUCAACAAUCAAAAUCAACUCCAGCAACUAAUUGAAGUAGGCAUUAUCAGUACUCGUUCUCGCUGGAAGAAAACUAUAGAAGAUACUACUCUUGACUUUCCAGAAUUAGACCUCGAUGACCUUGAUCUUUUAUUUUUAAGUGCAUAUAAAAUAAAACAAGCUCAAAUGUAUGUUGAAGGACAUCUGGAUGAAGCUGGUGAUUAUAUUAUUGAAGUUGGAGAUGAUGACGAUUUUACUUUACGAUGUACAAUACAAAGCCGUCAUUCGAAUGCUAUU